UUAACUUAUUUGCAAAUGAUACAGUUAUAUGAAAUUCAACAAAAGGCUACCGUAGUAAAUCUUUCUGGUUCAGUGCCUUUUGAAGUGUGAAAUGGGUAGUUUGCCUUCUCAGGCAGCUCAAAUGAAAUGUUAAUUAAGCAACUGGCUUCAGAGAGACCUUGCAGAACUUGCUCUGUUAACUUGAAAUUCUGCUUUUGAUAGUUGCCUGCCAACAAGCAACUCUGUGUAGGUUUCCCAAAGCAAAAAGAGGUUCCUAAAGGUAGUUCCUGCUUAGGGGAAAACAAGAUAUCACAUUUCUCUCUCUUUAGUGAAGAUUAUGAUGGCUCCAUAUUAACUAUAAGCAGAAGGGCCUCCUAGGCAUCUAAGUUACUGAAUAAUCUUGAAAAUAAUGAAUGUAGUAAGAAGGUAGUUUCUACCCUCCUAAAAAUAACUACUUUAAAAGCAGCAAAAGAUGGUAGAGGCUAGACUGUGACUUCUAAGAGAUCUUGUUUGUACGUGCUAUCAGCUGGAAAAAAAAAUAAACCAACCUACAUAAGUAGCAAAAUACCUGUCUCCUUAAUGCACACUGUAACUGAGCUGCAGAGCAGAUAUCUGUUUAAAGCCCUUCUCUCUCUACAGGGAGCUGCUCCUCUUUCUCUUCCUUUCUUUGAUAAGAGUGGCCUCAAGCUCCUCUUAAAGGGGGACUGCUACCUGUGAACUCAAAAGUACAUAACAGCUUUUAAAAAUCAGCCAUUUUCCUGAAUUGCAAGGCUUCAUAUUUGACAGUUAUAAGAUGGAGAGGUAUUUCAAAAUAGACCGGAGAAAUAGAACCUCAUAUAUAACAAAGUGCUGUAGAGAAAGCUUUCCCCCCAAUUUUGAUUUCUGUUUAGUUUUUACUAUAAAAUACAUACAGUUUUGGUUCUUUCAUAGCUUAAAGGAGAACUUCUUGAGGGGGUUGUGCUUUCCGUGAACGUUCCUCAUCCAGGGCAAAUUCAGCCAUUUUUGAAUCAAAGGUUUGCGUAUCUAAAUUUCCACAGCAAAUGGACAGGGGGUUCUGUGGAUUUGUUGUUGAAAAAAGCUUUUCAGUCUUCUCCUAGGAUAUAGUAAUAACAUUUACAUUAUGUGUGUAUGUAUACUGUUGUGCAUGUGGUGUGCUUUUUGUGUGUGGUUUUUGGGGUUUGUCGGUUUGUGUUUGUUUGUGGGGUUUUGUUUUUGUGUGUCUUCUCGCUUGCUCUCCUUCCUCUUCUCCCCUGAAUAAUUUGCAUGGUUGUAGGACUCUGGACCUGAAGAGCUUUUAACAUCAAGGCUCAGAAGCUCUUCAGCACAGUCCAGACUUCCUAGCACUUCAGAGUACUGCUUGCUUUAGUCUGGGAGAAGGAGUGAUUCAGAGAACUGAUAGGUUAGCAAACCUCAAGCUUACAGUUCAGGUCCUACUUCUUCCUUAAUGAUGUUAUCUACUUAUCACACUCCCUUUGAAAUGAUUUCAUUCUGUAUUUGACUUAGGGUAAGAAAAAACAGUCAUGAGACCUGCUCCAGGGUUCUGCCCUCAUUAGCCAAGGACAAGAUGCAGAAAUAGUUUUGUUCUUUUUUUUUUUUUUUUUUUUCUUUUUUUCAGUAAUGCCACAAUCCAACUGGUGUUCGUAUAAGACCUAUAAGGGCACUUUGGCCCUUUCUGAGGUGCUUAACCAAACAAAUUCAGGUGACUGGUAUUGUACCUGACACAGAUGCUGGGACUGCACUUAGCACUCCUCAGUGGGGCUGCACCAGGUUACAGAAACUCAAGAUGUGGGCACAUACUGGAGGCUGUGGUGCCUCCCUCCUGUGGGCAAGUUGCCCACGGUAUAGAAGGCCAAGGCUCAGUGCUCUCCAGCGCCUGAGGAGACUCAAAGCAAUGCUCCUGAUCUCUGGAGUUGGGGCUGGCUUAUGACACUGUCUGUCCUUCCUUCCUGUUGAGUAUAAGCCACUGCACAGAACGAAUUCCAAAUUUGUGAGGCCAGAAAGAGGAACAAAAACAGGUCUUCAGCACAUUUUUAUGUGAAAGAAGUCUGAUGUUCAUCUGUGUUCCAGAAUUUUUGUGUUUUAUGCUCACAUGUCCUUGGGGUUAAAACACUGGAGAGUAGAUGCAGGAAUCCAGCCCACAGCCCUGGGUCAAGAGCAGUAAGUGUAAGCUGUCCUGCACACUGCCAGUUUUUCUGCUGCCUAAAGCUUCUUGGCUAUUCUCAAUAUAUAGGCCAUCUCCUCUGCGUAUCCUUAUGCUGACUUUCCAGGAAAGCCUGCUCAGCCCUAGGAGGAAAGAGCCCUUGCUAAGGUUUGACUCGCAGCUAGAACAGAAUUUUGCUUCUGGGACACUUGGCUGAAUACAAGAUCAAGGUCCUGUGCUUUCCUGCCUGUGGCUGGGAAUAUUGUUUUGUCUAGGCAUGCAAUGAGCUGCGCUGCCCUGCUAACAUGUGACAGUCAGGUGCACUGUAGGUGAGCAUCUUUGGAGGAUGAGGGCAAAAGAGAAGUGAAAGACUAAAACUGCAAUAAUAGUAAUAAAAUUGCUCCUUCCUCGAGGCUUUUGUGAAAAAGCAUAGAAAUGCUCUUGCAGUCUGAGGAGGACUGUCAAGGAGUGGACUGACAUUCUCAGAGCUUUUUUCCUUAGUAUGGUUAAAUUUAACUCCAUUGGAAUGGAAGAAGUUAGGUUGGACAGGACCUCUGAAGGUCAUCUGAUCCAACCCUUGCUCAUGGCACAACUAAUCUCAAAGCAAGGUCAGGCUGCUUAGGUUCUUGUCCAGUUUAAGUAUGGAGACUUGACCUCCUCCCUGAGCAGCCUAUUCCAGUGCUCCUCCACUCUUCCUGUGGGAAAUUUAAGUUAGUGUCGUGCUAUUGCUUUGGGGGUUUUAAGCCUCAGACCAGCAGGCUUACAUUUGGUUUAGCUUAAUCAAAAGUUAGUGCUUCCUCUAUGAGAUGCAAAUUAUGGCUCAACUACUAAGUUACUGUAAAUAGGUUUUGUUCGUUUAACUAGGAUUUCUGACGAAGGUCACCUAUGCUCUGUGUAGCAAUACACAAUCACCUGGGCUUGAGCAAGGUGCCCCUCAGCAGUGGUUGCCAGUGCUGGCAAUGUGCUGUGACAUGCCACCUCCCUACCGCACUCCUUCUGAUCCCAGGGCUCAACCAGCCCUGUUUGGUUCUUUGCAAAGCAGCUGGGCUAGAGGCUGUGGUAUCAAUGUGGCUGUAGGAUUUUAACAUGCCUCAAAGGGAAUCAGGAUGUGGCUUUAUUGAAACAUACCUCAUUCUUUUUUCUUCUUCACUCCUUAGAAAUAAGCAACAGGACAGUUGCACUGAUUAAAAUUAGUUACGUUCUAGAUAAUAGGAUUAGGGGUUGAUUAUUGUCAGAAGCCUUACUUCUGUAGGAGAGAAGAGUACGAAGGAGGAAAAUGUUCUGCUGCAGAUGCUGCCCAGUGAUUGAGUAUGCUGGAACAAGCAGGGGCAGCCUAAAACACCCUGUGCUGAGUGAGGACAGUACCAGACAAGCUGGAGCAUCCUGUGCCCCAGCAUUGCUAGGCCUUUGACUACAGCAGCCAGCAGAAAAAUUACAAAGAGCAAGUGUAAAGGUGCUCAAACACAUCUUGUGGCUUUGCCACAAAGGAAGAUACAGUCUCAUCUAUUUCACACAUUUUUUUUUUAUGAGUUAAGCUAAAGAUUUCUUACUCAGCUUGUGUCCUGAGCUUUACUUUUGAAGGCAUACAGUGUUCACUUCAGAUCUUACCUGGCUGGCUGUGAAUGAAAGCAGAUACUUCAGGCAGACCUAGACAUGCAAGUUAACUGUGCCGUCCUCUGUAAAGAGGAUUAUUAUGAACUUUCUGUAACCUGUUUUCCUAGAUACCUUCAGUGUGUUUUUACACAAGAGGACAUGAAUAUUUCAGGUGUAAUCAUCGUACCAAAAGAUUAGGUAAUCUUUGAUAUCUAUCAAUACCUUCUCCAUUCUCAGGUGUAUGUUAAGGAUUUUGCGUUAAUCUACUCAGUAUAGAAGAGCAGCACAGCAAAUGACUUGCUUUGUACCUGGCUCUGAGUGCUGAGAAAGGUUCACUAUGGCUCACCUCCCUUCUGUUUGUUGCAUAGCACUUCUCUUCCUGACAGUGGUUCAGCUCCUGAUGGAAGAGCAAAACGUUAUCACAGAAGUCCCAGCGGCCCUAAAACGCCUGGCCAAAUAUAUAGUGCGUGGUUUCUAUGGAGUGGAGUACUCCCUGGCCCUUGAUAUACUGAUCCGCUACCCCUGUGUGAAAGAGGAUGACUUGUUACAGUUGCUCAAGUACGAACGUAAACAACUGCGCGCUAUCCUCAACACGCUCAAGGCAGACAAGUUUGUGAAGCUGCGUAUGCGAGUUGAGACAGGGCCUAAUGGCAGGAGCAGUCGGCACAAUUACUACUACAUCAAUUACAAGGUUCUGGUGGAUGUGGUAAAAUACAAACUGGAUCAUGUACGUCGGAAAAUAGAAGCGGAUGAGCGGGAUUCAACCACCAGGUCCUCUUUUAAAUGUCCAUCUUGCUCCAGCACUUACACAGACCUCGAAGUCAAUCAACUCUUUGAUGUAUUUACAGAGACUUUCCGCUGCACUUACUGCAACACGGAAGUAGAGGAAGAUGCGUCAGCACUUCCAAAGCGUGAUGCUAGAACCUUGCUAGCAAAAUUCAAUGAGCAGAUUGAACCCAUCUUUGCGCUGCUGCGUGAGACUGAAGAUAUUGUUCUGCCGUAUGACUUGCUGGAGCCUCAGCCAACAGAAAUACCAGAAUUAUCAGAAAGCUUUGAUCAGAACAUGGCUUCAAGUAUGCUGGAAUCCUGCAGCCGACCCAAAAAAUGGGCCAACAGAAGUUCCUCUUUUGGCAAUAUGUACACCCAAAGCCUAGUUAUUGAUGUUCAAGACUCUGAGCCCAAGAAGAAAACAAGAGAAAAAGCAGCUAAAGAGCAACCUAUCUGGAUGUCACAGAGCACUGUAGAAGGACCAACACCAGCCACCAACAAUAGUGUUGGAGCAAAUGCUUCUGAGAAAAUUGAAGAAAGUGUUAAAGAAGCUGUCGUGGAUAAUGAAAUCAUCACGACUCUUCUGAUCCAUGAAUCUAAGUCAUCGUCUAGCACAGACCAGGCUCCUGUUGUCAAAAGCAAACUGCCUGAAUCGGCCAGUGAUACUAGUGAGUCUGAAGAACACGCCAAGCACUCAGGAAGAGCAGGAAUUGAAGCAGGAGGCAGCAACUUUGAACAAGAGGAGGAACAGGAAACACAAGGUCCUAUUUUAAUGGUAGCUGGUCAGCCUCACUCAUAUGGUGAAGUCAGUGAAAAUCCAGAGCUUGUGUCGCUCAUGACAGAUGAAGAGAGAGAAGCUUAUAUAAAAGUAGGACAAGAAAUGUUCCAGUCUGUCUUUGAAUAACUACUACUGUGUGAAUAUGCCCACUGGUACAGAACGGGUGAAGGCUUCUUUUGUAGAAAGACAGUUGAUGUAACAGUUUAUUUUCUUCAAAGUCAGCCCUUCAGUGGUUUUCUUUGAAUGCCUUGCUGUUAUGCAAGAUAGUAAUCCUGUAGUAGGUUACUGCAAUUUAAAAUACUAGCAUUGCAGCAAAUGCAACCUAGAGUUGCUAUGGGUUUUCUUUUGUCUUAAUGCUUAGAUCUUGUGAAUGUUGUAACCAGUUUUAGGGCAUGAAUAAUUUCAAGUUACAGCAGGAUAUAAAGAUCUGAAUAAAAUAAAGUUUCAAAAGCAAUGCUGCAAUCUAUUGUCAGAAAUCAACUAUUCCACCUUCCUCCCAGAAGUAGCAGAUAUUUCUAGUAGUGAAAGUAAAUAAAACUCCUACGUGAUUUUUUACUCCAUAAUGCUGUGUUCUGAUGUUUUGUUAGGUCAACUGCUACACCAGAGGAACCUUCCUCCAUAGAAAGAGCUGUUACUGAAUUGUUAGGUACAGAAGAGAAUGAGCUAUAGCCUCUUAACUUUCAUCUGAAAAAUAAUUAUCUAAAUUAUUUGUACUUAUUGCUCUACAGAACUGUCUCUGAAGUGAUCAAGUGUGCAAGGGCUAUUGGGCAGUAAAAUACAACAUUAAUUUUGUUCCAGCUUGGCAAGGAAGCAAGCAAUAUAUCCAGCAGAAGGCUCUGCUUCUCUUAUCUCCUGUGUAUACACACCCUCCUGUAAAGAUUUUAAGCAGGAUCUUCUCUACUGCCAUUGAAAAACAGUCUAUUUGAACUAACUACAUAUGAGCAGGACUGUAAUCAGAAUGUAAGAUAUAGCUUAACUUCUUCAGCAAUUCUACUACUUGAGCAAUGGAAAACAAAAGUAGACUACAAAAGCACAAACUGAAACACAUAAGUUCUCUCUGAAUGUUAGGAAACACUUUUUUACUGUGAAGGGGACUAACACAGGUUCCCCAGAGAGGUUGUUGAGUCUCCUAUGUCUGAAAUUAUCAAAAGCCCCCUGAGCAACCAGCACUGUGUGGUCCUGCUUGAGCAGGGGGUUUGGACAAGAUGACCACCAGCAGUCCCUUCCAACCUCAAUAUUCUGUGAUUCUCUGAAGAAAAGGUAGAGAGAAAUACCAUUUCAACGUGUUGUUCAUAUGCACCAUUCCAGGGCAAGAAUUCAUGAAUGGUGUGUGUGCUCAUGCAAUUUCUUGAGAUUAGAGUUUAAUGAUUUACUAUAUAAACUAGAUUUGUCUCAAAUAUGCACAAAUCUUCUUGGUCUACUUUAUGAACAUGUUGUUCUUUUAGGUGCAAAUGAUUCUUGUGUCAAGUUAGUGAUUAAAAGCUUUCAUUUUGUUUCAUUUUCACAA